AGAGGUCGCCUGGUGCAGGUUGGGGCUGGUUUGGAGCUUUAGGUUCCUCUGGGCCCCAGAUACAAGCUCAGAGUGGGUCUUAGUCAGGCCUUAAGCAUCCUGUACAUCUGCGGGGGCGUACAUGAGUCAUAGCCCUGUGUGUAUGUGUGUGUGUUUCUCAUUCUGCGUGGUUCUGCAUUUUAAUGUCUUUUUUUAAUAGUGUUUGAAUGUGUGCCCAAGCCAUUGCACAUUCUUGUCAGUACCAUUAUCUUCUCGCUGAAUGUAUCCAUGUGAAAAGCUCUGAUUGAACCUAUUAUUAUACAAACCAAGAACUUCUCAUUGCUCACACACAUUGUCCAGUCUCAGUUUCUUUUUGAUACACCCACAACCCACCCCCAGAUUAUUACACACAAUCCUGAGUGUAAACUUUCCUCUCCUCCCACUCCUGCACACUCCUUCUGUCGGGGUAGAGAAAACAUCCGAUUUCCAUUAGGAGCAGCUCCGCAAUCCGUCUUUCUCAUGCAUUCCAACAUAUCAAAUGCAUUUUUUCAUUGGUAGUCAUACAAUGGGGUCUAAACACACGUUUUUAUCUCAUCAGUUAAUACUUCGACUUCUACCACAGCACUACUGAAUUCACGACUGUGAUUAAUCUUAACUAACAUGUUUUCACAGAUGUUCCGCAACAUUAAAUGUAAAUAUAAAUGGAUACCAGGAUUUCACAGAUAGCUAACAAAUUUAUUCAUUGUGAUUAGUGUUUCAAAUGGCAUAUUCCUCAGUAGUAAUCACUAACUCCAGAAAAAGUUUGUUUUAGCAUUGGAUAACUGUUAAAAUCUUGGACUCUGAGUUUAGGAUCCAAAAUAAAGUUGGAUAAAUUGGGAGUGCAGUUAGUGCAGUUGUGGUUUAUUUACAAAUAAAGGAAUCAACAUUUAAAUUAGUUUUUUUUUCUUGUGACAAAUGGCCAGUUUGGAUUUCAAAGAAACUCAGACUGAAACUUGCUACACAUACAAUAUACAUAGUUAUGUACCAAGUAUAAAGCCUUUUAAAAGUGAUGAGAUGUGUAACAUGUAGACAUGAGUGUAUGUGCUGUUCAUAAGGUAAAUGUAAAAAUUAAUAAAUGAAUAAACCCCUUUUUAAAUGCUCUUUAAAUGCUGUUGGUACCCUAUAUGCAAACAUGCGAUGCAUAAAUAAAUGUGAAACUGUAAACUCAACUUAACUGCUGUAAUGUUUAGAUAAAAAUUUGAGAAACUCUUUCAUUAUUUUUGACAUAAUUUGGAGGAACGUUAGUAAAAUAAUGGUUUUAUUUUGUCUUCAUAUCACAGAAACAGGCUUUCAUGAAUAUAUUACCUGCCCUUUAGUCAUAUUAAUUUACACAUGCAAUGGUCAAUUCGAAGUGAUUUUCAGGACACUUGCCCUAUAUUUUGUCUUUAAUGCAAAAUGGACAAGACGCAAUCCUCUGUAGAUGCUGUUACAACAUUUCUUUGCAGGUGUUAUCAGGUUUAAACAUGUUUUUAGUCACUAACCUCUUGUAAGUUUGUAGAUGUUUGGAACCUACUGCAUAAUUGCAAGGUAGUUGUGCCAUGAAUCAAGUGGCAAUGGUUUAGUUAUGCCACAUUCUUUGCUGUUAGAGACCUGGUGCAUAUUCACGUUACUGAGCAUGAGAAUGUUCAUGCCCAGUGGUCAGGGUGGUUUGUAGUUUCAGGCCAUGAAGACGUGAACCCUAUCAUUAUAGCAGAAAACUGUAAGAGUGUGUGAUUUCCUCCAUGUUCAGCUCCCACCCAGAUGCUCACCACACUUUUCCGGGUGCUGUAGCCAGAACCAUCCUUACUUCCCUUUUCUGUGGCACAAAAACUUUAUUUACUUGUGCUGGAAAUUGCAAAAUUUCAGUUGUACCCCAGUGCAGUUUUUUUAUAGGGAACCCUGUGUUGUUUCUACUGUACUCGAUCUAUGCCUUGUAUUUUUCUGGACAGCAUUCAGCAAGCUAAUGGCUCUCCUCUUGAGUGAGGCAAUCAUUGUGUGUCUCUCACUUCCCCAAAUGCCCUGAACUGUUUCAGAAGAAAUUAAGGAUACGAGAAGUGGCUUACUCCAUUCGACUUUGGAAAAUAUUCACAUUUUAAUUCGAUGCAGUUGGGGCUCAGGCAUCACAGUUCAGUUUCUGAUGCUGUCAUAUAAAAGCCAACACCCAUAAGAAUGAUGUUUUCCUCAAAGUGUUUUUUUCUACCAGAAACGAAACAGGAGUGUCAUCUUAGGCUUGUGGUCUAACGCCUAUUGUGGUUAAUUAAUAAAUCAUCAUGACUGUAAACCUAAAAAAAAAAGGCAUGUAGUAUGGCUGGUCAUAAUGAAUAAUGCCACAAAGUGGCAGUGGCAGUUUCAGUAGAGCCAGUCGUUUUUCCUUUAAACACACUGCUGUGUUGUUGAAUUAGGAAUAUGUGGAGUCUAAAUUUAAUACAUGAUAUUGUACAGCCCAGAAUGCUCUGCUUUCUUCAGGGUAAUGUCACUUACUGUCAAGUGAUCCAUAUCAUUAUAGCAGAAACGGUUUUAAAACUGUAACUUCCUCCAUGUUGGGUAAGCUUAUGAGGAAAUGAAGAAGAAGAAAUAUUUUAUACUGAUAGGACAUUUAGUGUGUUUGGUUUAUGAGAUGAUCCUUAAUCAGUACAAGUAAUAGAAAUGGCUAAAUUGUGUAUAUUAAGAUGUUAAUAGUGAAAAGAUCAAAAUAGUUUAAAAGUGACAAACAUUUUUGAUAACCCCAGCCUCCACCUUCUUUUAUAUCCUCUAAACAAAAUCUGUUGAUUUUGACUUGUCUUGUGAUUUGGCUAUAAACCCAUGGUGGAUGAAAACUUUUGCCCUUAUCCAUACAGUAAUUACCUCCUUUCAGGAAUGUAAUUUCAGUUCCUGGUCACACAGGCCAUUGCGAGUCCAACAUAAGCCAUUUAUGUGUAUGUAGGCAACAUAUAAAUUUCUGUGUGUCUGACAUGGCAGAGGAGUUGAGGAAGCAGAAUUAAUGGUCGUUUGCUCGACAGUGAAUCGUAUGAUCUCAGGAGGGUGGGGCAUCGCAGUAACUUCUCACAGAUCAACGACUGUUGGUUGUGUUUUUUUGUUUGACUGGUCUGUUUGGAGCAUAGCACUGUUUCCUCAGCUAAUAAAUGCAGUGAAUUUAGUACGAUGUUACACACACUCCAGGUUUAAGUGAUUGAUUGAGCAUGGAAUUGAGUUUAUCUGACAACUUUGAAGUUAAAUAGAGAAGUGUGUCACUGUAAUAGCAUAAGAUUAAAACUUGGAUGUUAAAUAAAAGACAGAUUGGCAGAGAGAGAGCUUUUUGAAAGGUCACACUACAGUCUUGUUAAGAGGGAAGAGGAGAGAGAGUGAGACAGAGAGAGAGAGAGAGAGAGAGAGGAGGGGUGAGAAAAGAGAAGCCGGAUGAAUUUCUUGUAAAUCAGCAUACCGCAUGUCCAAUAAGAUUGCUUCAGUCGCCUGGCAGCAGGCCAGCAUCAGAGGUAUACAGAGUAAGAAGGAGAGAGAGAGCUGGAGAAAGAGAGAGGGAGGAGCUGAAUUAACAGGACGUCGUGUGUGAGUACGCAAAACACACACGGACACGAGUGUAGAAACCGUGCAUUCUCCCUCAUGAGGCUGAAACGAAUAAAGAAGGAAGAAACCACUAGGAAUGAACGAUUCGCUGCAGUUGCAUAGCUGGUUCUGAAAGAUGGCAGUGGUACAGAGGAUCUUUAAUUCCACCCAGCCCUUCUCCAUGUCCACAAACCAGCCUAAACUCAAGGUCCACAGCUGCCAUGCUUCCAGCCCCGAGCCUCAGUCUCCUGUCACCUCUGGAAAGGACGAUAAACAGUACGAGCUGACGGAUUAUUCCAACUACUUUUUGAAGGUCAUCUCUCAUGGAACAGCCAAGCAUGUAGGCACAGGACCUCUGGGCACCGAGAAGCCCUCCAUCAUCGCCCAAGCAGAGUGUGAAUCUCAGGACUCGCAGGAAUUCUGUCCCAACAGCAGACAUAAAAAUGUGUACAGCAACUUCAGGGCAGCCCUCCCCUUACCCCAAGGCUCGGUCUCUCACCGCCAGCCUAGGAAAAAACGACGGAAGAGACAGCGGCGGAGGGUUUCACAGAGGGAGGGCCAACAGAGGGAUGGAGGGAGCGAGAGAGUGAGAGAGAGAAGACUCACUAGAGUGCCACAACAGGACAGCGGAGAGCUUGGAGAAUGUAGCUACCUCAGCAGCAACAGCAGCAGUGCAAUUAGCACAGAAAGUCUGUCUGUGCAGGAGACAGCGGAGCCGUCCUACUCCUCUCACCCAGGCCUCAUUAGCACUCCGCUAUCUUCCAAACCCUGGGAGUGCCUUUUCAUUCCCCCGCAUGGCCUGGUAUCCUAUGGCCAAGAGAGCGAGUGCUCGCUGGACCCCGACUCGCCGCUUAUCAGUGAAGCCGAAUGCAGCCUGGCACUUGUAGGCCUCAGGAACAACGUUUCACAGGCCGAGUGCUCCUUUGCCUCGGCGUUUGCCAAACAGAUGGUCAGAGACGUGAGGGACAGACAAGAAGAAGAGGAUGGAGAGGAAGAGACAGUAGAGAGCGACACAAAUGAAGGCAUCCUCUUUAAAGAGGAACUACAGCCACAGGACUAUGAAUAUCGAGAGGGAAGGGAUUACGAGCUCUGUGAUUUACUAAAGCAAGGCUCGUUCGGAGUCGUCUACAGCAUCAGAGACAAAUCCAGCGGCUUUGUGUGCGCUGCCAAAAAGGUGCCGUUAGAACGUUUCAGAAGUGAGGAGGUGGGCUCGUGGAGUGCCCUCCAGUCUCCUCACGUGGUGGAAUUUUUUGGAUUUGUCCGAGAGGGUCAAUCCGUCAUCUUGUUCAUGGAUCUCAAACCUGGCUCUCUGGGGCAGUUGUUGGCAGAAAGGGGUCGCCUGCCCGAGGAUCUCUCCCUGCACUACAUGUGUCAGGUCCUGGGGGCACUAGAGCACCUGCACAAGAGACGCAUCCUACACCUGGAUGUCAAAGUGGAUAAUGUGUUGUUGUCCGAGGAUGGGAAAAACACAUUCUUGUGUGACUUUGGCGAGUCAGAGCGACUAGACCUAUAUGGAUUCAGUCCUUUUCAAGCUCUGAAGGGGACGGAGACUCACAUGGCUCCUGAGGUGGCACGUGGAGAGAAGCGUUGUGCCAAGGUGGAUGUGUGGAGCAGCUGCUGCAUGCUAUUGCACAUGCUCAACGGCUGCCAGCCAUGGACACGCUACUACUCCCGCCCUCUCUACCUCAAAAUAGCUGAAGAGCCGCCACCUCUGAGAGAGAUACCUCCCAACUGCAGCCCUCAUACUGCUGAUGUCAUCAAACGGGGACUGCAGAGAGAGCCGAGCCGAAGAGCCUCAGCCAAGGAUCUCAGAGUUCAAACAGUUAAAGCACUUAAACAACUGGGAGGUCUUCGGAGCCCAGCCAGGGGAGGAGCCUAUCAAAAGCCAUUUGGGAAGCCAGAAAGGUGUGUGCCCAGCCCCUUCUCCGAUAGCUCUGUGCAGCAGUGGAUGGGCCCAGGGCAAGAGUGGAGAGAGCAGGCUGGACUGAGAGCUGAGCCAAAGUGCCAUAGACAACAAGUGGAAAAAGUGGAUGCUGUGAAGGAAGAGAAUGACAGAGAGGAAGAGAUUGUGCUGAGAAAGGAAAGUUAUUUUUCUCCAUCUUCACCACUCUACUUUCAUUUUUCACCCCCCGAGUCCUACAAACCCACAGAGCAAGAGCUUCGCAAACUCGAGAGGGAAUUUUUCCUGAGCAGUCUGUCUCAGCCGCACUCGGCCGAGCUGCAGGAGCAACUUCUUUCCUGCCUGGGUAGUGACUGCCUUUCUAGCAGAGAGCCAGGAGACAAAAAGGACUCUGGCCGCUGGUCACUUGGCCCCGGGGACGACCUCAGCUCAGGUGUAUUUUCCUACAACAGCCAAUCGGAUGGCCAGAGCUUCAGUAUGGAUUGGCUUGGCCCCGUCCACCAGCCCCCACCUCGCUGCUUUGAGGGAGUGGAUGUUUGCAUCAGGGACUUCAAUGGACGAUGCCUCCGUAUCCGUGAAACCCGCCGUGUAAAAGUGGGUCACAUCGCUAUAGGAAUCAGUGAUCAGAUCUCAGAGAGUGUGUUCAGUCUGCAGAGCGAGGACGGUUCUCUGGUGCCCCACGAUAAGCAAGUACAGGAAGCUGGCCUCUUCCUGCGCUGUGUCCCCGCCCCUGACCCCGCCCAUGUCCCACGGCACAGUCAAGGCUCCUGCUGCAACAUGCCAUGGAGCUGGAGGAUCAAGGACGGGAGGCUGGAGACCAGGGACUGAUGUCUUUAUUAUUUCCUCUGCUGUCUAUCAUUUUUAAAUCUCACUUUUAUUAUCUCACUGCGUGAAAACUUCUCCCAUCUUCUCUCAGUUCAACUUAAUUGCUCCCAUCUUUCCAUUGAUCCGCCAUGUUUUUUAUUCACCUGCUGUAUUAUUUCACGUCUGCUCAACUGUGCCAGUGUGUUUUGGAAUGAUUUUAUCCACCUCUUCCAGUAUUGCAGGAAUGUAUUGAUUUUAAAUUUUUAAUGUGAAAUGUCUUAAUGUUUAAAUAUCUCUUUUACUGAUGCCAUGAUACAUUUACAAAUGAAUGUUUAUACAUGCUAGGAAUUGCAACUCAUAGACAAGCAUCUCAUCACUGUCCAUCAAAGACAUUACAUAUAAUUUCAUUUCUGAUCAGGCAGACCAGAGUCAUUUGUAUUUCAUCAUAUAAUAUAUUAUCUGCUGUGCAUUAUAUUUACUUCCUGCCACAAUGUGUAUCACUGUACAACGAUCUGUACAACAAUAAACCCUAUGAUAUAUCA